AUGCGUAAGAUGUCAGGGGAAGAGGAGUUUUAUCUGUUCAAGAAUCUCUCCUCGGUGGGGCCGUGGGAUGGGCCUCAGUACCACCUUGCCCCUGUCUGGGCCUUCUACCUCCAGGCAGCUUUCAUGGGCUUUGUCUUCUUUGCAGGGACACCACUCAAUGUCAUGGUGCUGGUGGCCACACUGCGCUACAAAAGGUUGCGACAGCCACUCAACUACAUUCUGGUCAAUCUGUCCUUUGGAGGCUUCCUCCUCAGCAUCUUCUCUGUCCUCCCCGUCUUCAUCGCCAGCUGUCGAGGAUACUUCCUCUUUGGCCGCCAUGUUUGUGCUCUGGAGGGCUUCCUGGGCUCCGCAGUAGGUCUGGUGAUAGGCUGGUCACUGGCCUUCCUGGCCUUUGAGCGCUACGUUGUCAUCUGUAAGCCCUUCGGCAACUUUCGCUUCAGCUCCAAGCAUGCACUGAUGGUGGUCCUGGCUAGCUGGACCAUUGGUAUCGGCGUCGCCAUCCCACCAUUCUUCGGCUGGAGCCGGUUCAUCCCUGAGGGUCUGCAGUGUUCCUGUGGCCCCGACUGGUACACCGUGGGCACCAAAUACCGCAGCGAGUACUAUACCUGGUUCCUCUUCAUAUUCUGCUUCAUCGUGCCUCUCUCUCUCAUCUGCUUCUCCUACUCUCAGCUGCUGCGGGCCCUGAGAGCUGCUGCAGCUCAGCAGCAGGAGUCAGCUACGACCCAGAAGGCCGAGCGCGAGGUGAGCCGCAUGGUGGUGGUGAUGGUGGGAUCCUUCUGUCUCUGCUACGUGCCCUAUGCUGCCCUGGCCAUGUACAUGGUCAACAACCGUAACCACGGGCUGGACUUACGGCUUGUCACCAUUCCUGCCUUCUUCUCCAAGAGUGCUUGUGUCUACAAUCCCAUCAUCUACUGCUUUAUGAAUAAGCAGUUCCAAGCUUGCAUCAUGGAGAUGGUAUGUGGGAAGGCCAUGACAGAUGAAUCCAACACAUCCAGCUCCCAGAAGACGGAAGUUUCUUUCUCUUCUAGCCAAGUUGGCCCCAACUGAGGACCCCAUAUUGACCUGUUUGCAGCAACUAAAAUUUUACAUUUAA